AUGACAAAAACAGCCCUUCUCAAAUUACUUUUAGCAAUAGUGAUUACAUUCAUUUUAAUUUUGCCGGAACAUUUCAAGACACCAAAAGGAAACAUGUUGGAUCUAUCAUGUCUGGCAACGUGUUUACAACCUAAUCUCACCUAUUCACGCUCCUCCUUAAAUUUUUCUUUUGUGACUUUUCUGCAACCAGUAAGGAAAACUCAGACCAUGAUAGCUUUUUUCCUAAAUCACUCUAACUUUCAAAACAUCACCAGGAUGUGUCAAGAUAUCACAAGUGAAUUUAAAAUGUGCUCCUCGUGUUUGGUUUGUGAGUCUAAAGGAAACAUGGAUUUUAUUUCUCAGGAACAAACAUCAAAAGUUCUUAUCCUGAGAGGAUCCACGGAAGCGACCGCAAAUGAUUUUCAUUCACCUUGUCAACAUUUUAAUUUCACGGUAGCUCCUACAGUUGACCGCUUGGAGGAAUAUAACAUUAGCUGUAAUCUAAAAACAGACACUAGAAGUUCAGCAAUCAUGGAGGAAGAUCCAACCAAGGAAAAGUCUAUAAACUAUACUUGUGGAAUUAUGAAUUAUCCAAAUAAUUGUAUACACAUUUCUUUGCACCUAGAAAUGGAUGUAAAAAAUUUCCUUUGUUCCAUGAAGAUCACUUGGUAUGUUUUAGUAGCAUUAGUUUUUACAUUUUUGCUCAUCCUCAUCAUCCACAAGAUACUUGAAGUCCAUAGGCAAGUGCGGAAGUGGCAGAGUCAUAAAUACAAAUUUUCAUCUGUUUUCUUAAGAAGAGGUGAUUCUGACAAACUCCAAACAUUGACUAUGCAGGUAAUUUCAGUAGGGACCACGCAGAGGCCCUCAACUCAGAUCAAGGAAGUGCUUUCUCCGAUACCAGAACUAGAAGUUCCUCCCACAAUGCAUCGGCACGAGCAGUAUACAUGAAUAUCCUUCUGAAGUUCUCUGGAUAGUUUGGACCAAACCCUUUUAAAGAAUACUCAUAAUUUUAUUUGGGGAGCGAGUUAACUGGUAAAUAUAUAAAUCCAGUUGAGGAUGCACAGUAGGAAAUAGCAGGAAUGCUGACCAGUUGAUGAAAACUAGCU